UAUCGUCAUCGGUGGGCGCGCAUCUCCAGGCCAACAACAGCUGAUUGCGAUUGCUCUCCGAUUUUGUUGCAGGGCGAAGGAAGAAAAUUGCAAAUUUCGUGGCUAGCCUGCAAUGUCGGCAUUUGUGAAAACCGUGUGCUUGGCACAAAAGCUAUGCGCCGCCAAUCCUGCCCUGGCACGCCAGGCGGUGCGCAGCAUGGCCGGCUGGAACAAGGACUUUAAGCCAGCACCAUUCCCCAAGACGGAGAAGGAGCGCCUGGCGGCGGCCAAGAAGUACUAUCUGCUGCCAGAGGAGUACAAACCCUACGCGGACGACGGCUUGGGCUACGGUGAUUAUCCCAAAGUGGGAUAUGGCCUGGGCGUGGAGGCCAAGGAUAACUACUACCCCUGGGACUACCCCGAGCACAAGCGCAACCUGCACGAGCCUAUCUCGGCGAAUCACGAUCUGUACAGCGAGGAUCGCUACUCCCAGGCCGAGCCGCCGCGCUACAACAACGCCUACUACUUUGUCUGCUUCCUGGGCGUUAUGUCCGGCUGCCUGGCUCUGUACUACUGGCUGGAGGACAAGAAGAUGUACCGCCCGGUGUCUGCCAAGCAAUACCCGGCCGAUGGGGUCAAGCACUACACUUUCGAGCGGUCCAAGUAGAGUGUCCCCUUGUGGAAUACGGCCUCGUUUUUAUUUCAUAGGCAAAUUACCAUCGCAACUGUAAAAUUAAAUUGAAAAUAGAAAGAA